GUGGUUAUCGAUCCCGCUGCUGGAGGGAGGCGGCGGAGAAGCAGCAGAGAAAAUGGCGGCCAUGGCUGCGGAGGCGGCAGCGACUGCAGCGGUGCCGGGCGAUGGGGGGGCGGGCGAAGCCGAGCCAGAGAUGGAGCCCAUCCCGGGCAGCGAGGCCGGCGCGGACCCUCCUCCUGCCGUCACCGAGGCCGUGGAGUCGGCGGUGCCCGACGGGGAGGAGGCCGACGGAGGAAAGGGUGCUCCCGGCGAGGCCGAGGAGCCGCCGCCCGUGCAGCUCGCCCGGAGCCCGGCCGGGACGCGGGAGCCGGAAGGCGAAAGGACGGAGACGCCGCCGCCCUCCAGCCCGGAGGUGGGUUCGCCGCAGGCCGAGCUCCGGGGAGCGAUCAGCCCGGAGCCCGAGGAGCGGCCGCAGCCCUGCCCGCCGCCCGCCGCGCAUCCCCAACUUCCCGAGGAGCGGCCGCAGCCCUGCCCUACGGCUGCCGGGGGCUCCGCGAAGCGGGAGCCCGGGGAGGAGCCGUCCCGGCCGGAGGAGGAGGAGCCGGAUGCUGCCGCCGCCGCCGCGGAGCCCGAGCGCCCGCUGCCCGCGGCCCCGACCGGGGGGGAGGCGGAGGCGCCGCUGCUGCCCGGCUCCGAGGUGCGGGUCACCCUGGAUCACAUCAUCGAGGACGCCCUGGUGGUCUCGUUCCGGCUGGGAGAGAAGCUGUUCUCCGGGGUCCUCAUGGACCUCUCGAAAAGGUUUGGACCCCAUGGAAUCCCUGUGACCAUAUUUCCUAAAAGGGAAUACAAGGAUAAACCUGAAGCCAUGCAGCUCCAAAGUAAACCAUUCCAAGAUGAGGCACAGGUGAAGUGUGAAUCUAAUGCUGCAGUCCCUGAUGACUCUUCUCUCACGCAGCCAUCAGAACCAAGCUUAGCUAAAAGCCUAUGGACUUCUAAACCACCUCCUCUCUUCCAUGAGGGAGCGCCAUAUCCUCCUCCUUUGUUUAUCAGGGACACAUAUAACCAGUCAAUACCUCAGCCUCCGCCCCGGAAAAUUAAGCGGCCCAAGCGUAAAAUGUACAGGGAGGAGCCCACUUCUAUUAUGAAUGCUAUCAAACUACGACCCCGACAGGUCUUAUGUGACAAGUGCAAAAACAGUGUUGUUGCAGAAAAAAAGGAAAUAAAAAAAGGUGGCAAUGCAAGUGACUCUUCAAAAUAUGAGGAUAAUAAAAAACGAAGAAAUGAAAGUGUGACUACUGUGAAUAAAAAACUUAAGACUGACCAUAAGGUGGAUGGAAAAAGCCAAAACGAAAGCCAGAAAAGGAACGCUGUGGUCAAGGUUUCAAAUAUUGCCCACAGCAGAAGCAGAGUAGUUAAAGUUACUGCACAAGCAAAUACGUCAAAAGCGCAGUUAAAUACAAAAAAAGUUCUCCAGAGCAAAAACAUGGAUCAUGCAAAAGCUCGGGAAGUCUUGAAAAUGGCCAAAGAAAAGGCACAAAAGAAGCAGAGUGCAACCUCCUCUUCCAAAAAUGCACAUUCAAAGGUCCACUUCACACGGCGUCUUCAGAACACCAGCUCAGGUUCCCUCCCACCCCGAUUGCGUUUAAAGCCACAAAGAUAUCGGAAUGAAGAAAAUGACUCUUCUCUCAAGACAGGACUUGAGAAAAUACGGAGUGGCAAGAUGGCAACUAAGCCGCAGUCUCGCUGCUCCUCCACCCGCUCAGCAGGUGAGGCCCCUUCAGAAAAUCAGAGCCCCUCAAAAGGCCCUGAAGAGGCCAGCAGUGAGGUUCAGGACACAAGUGAAGUGCAUGUAACUGUUGAUCAGGAUGAACACCAGACAUUGGGCAAGAGAGGCAGCAAAAGCAAUAUAACGGUUUACAUGACCCUUAAUCAAAAGAAAUCUGACUCUUCCAGUGCAUCAGUUUGUAGUAGUGAUAGCACAGAUGAUUUGAAAUCUACCAACUCUGAGUGUAGCUCUACUGAAAGCUUUGAUUUUCCUCCAGGCAGCAUGCAUGCACCUUCCUCCUCCUCCUCCUCUUCGAAGGAAGAGAAAAAGCUCAGUAAUUCCUUGAAAAUGAAAGUCUUUUCCAAAAAAGUCUCUAAAUGUGUUACACCAGAUGGCAGGACCAUAUGUGUAGGGGACAUUGUUUGGGCCAAAAUUUAUGGCUUCCCUUGGUGGCCAGCCCGUAUCCUGACCAUAACUGUGAGCCGGAAAGAUAACGGUCUUUUAGUUCGCCAGGAGGCUUGUAUAUCAUGGUUUGGGUCCCCAACAACGUCUAUUCUUGCUCUUUCACAACUAUCCCCCUUUUUAGAGAACUUCCAGUCGCGCUUUAAUAAGAAGAGAAAGGGUCUUUACCGCAAGGCCGUCACAGAGGCAGCUAAGGCUGCUAAGCAGCUGACUCCCGAAGUUCGGGCCCUGCUGACACAGUUUGAAACGUGAACAUGGAGAGUAAGGUAGGCAAGAAAUCUGGAGGCUCCACGAAAUUCAUAGCCUAGUUAGAGGACUACCAUGAAGGACUUGCCGAGGCAGAAGUUGCAGUCGGUUGGAUGCUCUUUUUAUACUAAAGUUGUUCCAUUUGUAGCGGUUUCAUGGAAGUUAAACAAAUUGAACAUGCAAUCAAAAUUAGCCUAAAGUGAGAAUUUCAGUAUUUUUCAAGCGAGAAUUUUUUUUAAAGAAAAAAAAACUCCUCAAACACCCAAUGCAUAGGAGCCAUAGCCUCAGCUGAAAGGCAGCUUAUUUGCAGGGAAUUUUGUAGUAGUUUCUACCCAGUAUGUACCUAGUUGCUGUGUGGCAAAGGGUUGACACAAGGGGUGAAAGUAGUAGCUGUGAUAUUUUAUUUUUCUUUUCUUAGGUGGCCCAUCAGGGAAGUGUAGAAACGUAAGCCUUGUCUAAAUGGUCUUUAAACAUGAUUUCAAAUACUUUCUGAUGUGUUUAGUCUGGCCAGUGCACAUUGGUUCAAUGCACGCGUGAACACCUUAGAGGCGUGCCCCAAUCCACGAAGGCCAGUUUAAAUGGCAUUAGAAGACGUGCUGAAGUUUUUAAGGAAGAAAAAUUCACAGAAUUAAAGACCAGAUUAAAUGGGGUUUUAUCUUAGUGACCACUUCUUAAACACUCAGCCUUUCUAUGCACAUGGGGGCACAAAUAUUAACACUUCAGGGUCUGAGAAGCUGAGAGUGAUGCCUGUAGCUCUAAGACAAAGCUGAGAAAUUGCUCAGUGUUUGGGAUCAAGGGCUGUUAAUGCUGCAUAGGUGUGAAUCAGAACUUCUGGUCUUUCUUCCUGAAGAAGUCUUUCAGGCCAUUUGCCUGGAGUUUUAGAUUAAGAGAGGCUUUGUUUUGAAUGUGUAAAUAAUUGAUUGAUGAAAUUUGGUCAGAUUUUCUCCUGACUGGUUGUUCCUAAAUUCUUAGGAUACGUCCUAGUUAAUUACACUUUGUGAAUUGUCAGAUGUGUAAUUGUUGCAUUUUGGAUGUAUCUAACUUCAUUUUUUUUUUUAAAUAUUUCCGUUUAAGGUAUCUGUUUGCAGGUCAGAAAAUGAGAAUUAUGUAAUUGUGUAAUGCUCUGAAAUGUAAAAACAAACUGUAAAUAAAAUUGACUAAAUCUGAAUUAUUUGUGUGUGUUUCUCAAAAAGCUUUGAAAAAAAAAUCUAGGAUGUUAGAGUACUUGAUAUCUAUGCUGGAUUUAGAGGACACCCUUUUAAAAAGUAAAUUGUCCUUUUUUGCUCAUUCUUAAAGAUAAGUGCUGGUAAAGUACUGUUGGUAUACUUCCAUCUUAAUUUGGAGAUGAAGCAAUUAUCGCUCCCCUUUGUUACCAAACCAGCUCUCUACAGGGCUUUCUGGAAAGUUAUCAGGUUUUUUUCCCCCUUAAUUAGAUUUUGUUCCAUAUAUUGAAUAACAACUGGAUGUCAUUUGUACAGUGGGGAAAUGUUUUUGGUUUUCUCCAUCUAUCAGAGACUAAGCAGACCUGCUCCGCUGUUACUUCAGCUUUCCUUGCAUGUCUGUUGCUCGGUGCCGGGCACUUUCAUGCAAUUGAUGGUACAGAUUGUACAUUUUUUCCCUCUAGUUUUGGUCCUCAGCUGACCAUAUGUAUUGCUCUCUCUUUUCCAACCCACUGCUGUUUGAGCCUUGCAAUGUGUUGUGAAGAAUCUGUCAGCGUUCAUCCCAGAGCAGUUUUCAUCCUGGUUUUUUUUCCAUAAUUGCCCACGUAGGCAACCAUGAGAGACGUAAAAAUCUCAGCUUGGGCUGCAAUUAGAUUUUGAGCAGACAUGAAAAUGGGGGUGAGGAUUUAAUCAUCAAACCCUUAAAAUCUUGUAAACGUGAGAUUAAAUUUUGUAUAUUCACGAUACUGUCUGGUCUUUCCAAAGCAUUCGGAUUCUUGAACCUUUUAAAAUUAUUCUGUUGUGCCCACAGAACUAUUUGAAGUCCAAAGUGUUGAGGCCAUGGCUGUUAGCAUUGCCUCCCAAGUAUCUGCUGAGCUCUGUUAGGUGCUAGUUAAGCUUCCAAUUGUGUCAGCUCUUCCUUGAGCUUCUAAUAGCUACCAGAAAAACCCAAAUCAAACCAAACUGGUCAAUGCUUUUUGAAUGUGAUAAACACACAAUAAAUUUCAUAGUAUGGAGAAAAAAAAAAAAAUCCUGUUUCACUUCUAUGUAUUCUUUCCUGCAAACAGAAACAGUUUCUCUAUUGAAGUAAAUGAGCCUUACUUUGUUACUAAAGCAGAGUGCUUUUUGGAGCCAAGAACCCAUCCAACGUGGUUUAGAUGUCUGCACUGGUUUCUUGAGGUUUAGAGUCUCCAGCAAACUGCUUGUGAGUUGUUCUGGGUGGAGUAGCAGUAGCAUUGAUGUGUACGUUGUUAUUUUCUUAUUUAAAGUACUUGCAAGCUUUGUAUUCUUUUAAUUUCUAUAAAGGUAAGCACAGUGCUAGAGUAUAUGUAGUUGGAACUUAACACGUUUGCUGCUGAGGUUGAAGAGCGACAGGUAUGAGGGGUUUCUUUUGAUUGCUUUAUGUUCAAAAGAAUGUUAUGAAAGGCCUUUAAUGACUCUGAGUUGUGGUUUGUAGCUGAUUAGUCUUUUAUGAAGUCUUUCCUAAGUUUCAUAGUUUGUACUAAACGUGAAGUACAUCAUCAGUGCUGGCCUAACACGUCCCAAACACAGCAGAGUAUUUCUUUCAUCACAAAACCCUGUUAUGUUCCACUGAAAAUAUCCUAUUCAUGGGUCUGUGAUUCUUCUUUUUGUUCUGAAGAAGCUGCAAUUCUAGAUUGAGUCCAUAGUGGGGAAAAUGUUGGGCUUAAUGUGCAGCCUGGUUGUGGCAUUAAGUAGCCUUGAUGGUCGCAGCAUGGGCGCUGUGUAUGGAUUAGCUUUGAAGACUUGCGCGGCGCUAAGCUUUGCCUUAGCUGCAAAACACUGCAUUCUUACGUGCACACCUGAGCCCAGCAGUGCCAUAGUGUGAGCGUGGACUCCUGUCCUUGCAGUUCAGGACAUGUCUGUCCUCUCUGAAUUACCUGCACGGUGUAAUUGAUUUAUCAGGGAACUCAUCAGAGCUUGCUUGUGAAGUGCCAGGAAAGUGCAUCUGUAACUGUGCAGCUGUUUCAAGCAGGCUGUGUAUGGAGAGGAGGAACAGCAACACAAAGACUGUUAGCUUUCUAUCAGCUUGAUACAAUAAGCAGAGGAUGCAUUUAUGAGUUAAGGAAAUUCCUCAGUAUGGUUGUCUAUGCAUGAUGCUUCCAUUUGGGGAAGAAAUAAGGCAGGUAGUGAUGAGUCUGUAACACAAGAAUGUUUUUCCUUUGAAUAUCUUUAGCGUUAGUUAAAGCUACUUCAUCUUAAGCCAUUUCAUACCAAAACAUAUAAAGAUUUCCUCGAUGUUUUGGAAAGCCUGAGUGUUCAAUGAGUGAAGGUUGGACCAAAUGUGAAAUACUUGUGUUUCUCUGGAGUUCUACAGGAAAUUGAACACAUACUUGGUAUUUUUCUAAUCAGAGUUGUAAUUCUAUGUCAGCGCUUAAAUAAGGUAAUCAUCUCUGGUUGUACUUCUUUCAGACAGCGUUAUCUUUGGUUAUCUGAAUAUUUCAUUAUCUGAAUCUUACAGAACUGGCAGCUUCCUCACCAGUGGGGUGUUGGGGAUGCACUGAAUUUAGGUCACCCGUGCAAGGCUGAGAAGGCUUUAUUUCUUAUCACUGUGUAGGAGAAUGUUUUUUGGGGAGUGAGGGUGAAGCUUCUAAGUGUUUCCAGGUUUAAGAAAGAUGACUAGUGGAAAUAGAGUUGUUUUGUUCACUGCCAGGUUUGUUUCACGCCAGUUCUCCUGGAGUUAACUGCUCAGUGUUCCCAAGGCCUGACACUGAUCUCAGUUUGUCAUCUGUGAGCCUUUGCUGCAGUUGUCAGGGUACAAUGUGAGCGUGAAUUAUGAAAACAAGCAGUGGCACACCCUCAGUGGCGUUCUCAUCUGCCCCCAUGUCUGUUCUGUGGGGUAUAAUGUAAACAAAGCAGAGCAGUCCUCUUGGCUGGAGUCUCAGAAGGAAAAAAGCCGCCUAAAAGGGGAAUGAAGAUGGCAGCAUUUUGUGCCUUAAGCAGUUUGGUAGAAGUGUAGGUAUACGAUUUAAAACCAAACUUGAAAGUGAUCUUACAGUGCAGAGUUUAUAGUGGUUAAAGGCUGAGGUGCUUUAUUUUUCUGUUCUUACUUUCAGUUUACUUUUUAAGGGUAUAAAUAGAAAGGUCAUAGGGAACCUGAAGGAGAAGAGAGGAACUUGGUGUGUCGACUUAGAUAUGAUAACAUAAGUAGAACUGGGAGAAUAAUACUGAGAUUAAUACCGUACUUCACAAGUGCAGUCGGAAGGAAUAGCUCUGUGCCUUGUUACUGGAUUUUGGCAGUUUAGGCUAUGCUUACAUGAGCUCAGAGGCACUAAUCAGCUGCUGUUCUUACGGAACCUCACUACACUGCCACGAAGAGCACCACCAGCUCGUCAGGACUGAAAGAAAUCUGAGACCGAAUGGUCCUACUUUUCCUCUGAAAUCUUCACCAAGUAGUAAACGUUUUUUGAAUGGGAAAGGGGGGUAAAUGUGUUGGAGCCACCCCUCGCACCCAGCUGGGGCACCUGUACCUAAUGUACAUUUUCUUUAAAGUUUAAAAAGAUGUUAGGAAAUAUUUUAUAAAACUUUUUUGCAAUAAAUGACGCAUGAAAUUAUUACAGACUCUACGACACUUACAUGCAAGGAACCACUUGAAUUAUUAGUAUGAAGAAUCACUGCAAAUAACUGUUCUUUUGUCAUGUGACAGUCGGUUUGUAUGUUUCGAUAGGUGCCAGUGAUGGAGCCAAUUGCCUGGGAAGUUGACUGUAACUUUUGAACUUUUAUUUUAAUUCUUAACUUUAGCAUUGCAAUUUUCCAUUCUAUGAGGCUUAGUUAGUAUUUAGUGCAGGUGUUAGCAGAGCUGUGACCCGUGAUCAAAAGCAUGUCCGAAACCAGUUGUAUUGUACAAUAUGAACAGUCCUGCUACGUGAGACCAACGUUUCCCAUAGAGGUGAUGGAAGGGGCGGUGACCACAAAUCUGUGUAUCUCUGUAUUAUGGGAAAGCUCCUUCUGUGUGAAUAUGGUUGCAUUUUAUUUAUGCUGUUGUAACACUUAGGGAACUGAGGAUUGUGGAAGGGUUACGGUGCAGAGAGCAGCGUUUUGCUUAUGAUACUUUAACGAGAUGGGAGUUGUGAAUGUAGAGAGAUUAAAUGGAAUGGCAUUUCUAUUUCAAAUCAUGGGUUAAUUUUUCCUUUUGACGUCAAUAUUUUUCAGAUACGUAACUAGUAGAGCAAAGGUUUAUUAGUGUUUCUGAUGGUUGUUGACUUCUUUGAAUAGCUGUAAAUCAAAAAGAGAAACCCAGUGGGUUUUAUCCAUUUUAUUCCCCUUCCCCAGAAGCUGUCUGGUAAUUACGACCUACUUCAGUGCAGUUUGUGACUGCUGGACACGCUGCUGAAAUACUGACUUAUUAAAUAUUAAUUUAUUUGUCACCGAUUACUUGACGUUGUGUGCACAUUUUCUCAGCAGUAUCGUUUCUUACAACGUUCUUAGAAGGGGAUCUAUUAAAUAACCUGGGAAAAAAUAUUUGCUCUGAAGAAAUGAAAAUGUGCACAUAAUCUACGAAAAGUCAAAUUUCUGGUUCUAUAGAAGCGAAAAAGACUUGUAUUAAACUCUUCUCCUCUUUACUAAUAUCCUGAUUUGAUUGGAGAACGUGGUGUCUUUGUCCAGAUCAUUUAAAAAGAAAGAUACCUUUCUGAGAGGUGUCUACGUCAGCACAAAGGCAGUUUCACAGCCUUCAUAUAUGGAGUCCAAAUUAAGUAACGUUGAAUCCCAACUCACUCCACCUCCAUUGUUUGGCUUUGGUGUUGGCAAUGGGUUUCAGUUUGUUAAGCAGUCGUGGAGGAGGGAAGUGAGAUGCUGGAGCAGCUCCAGCAAAGGCAAAUCAGCAAUGCACACACUGAGGCUGGUCGUGCUGAGUGCUUGCUCAGUUCCUUUUAUGAAGAGGUAAUUUAUUUAUAAAGCUGGAAAUGGAAUACGUACUGCCUCCUUCUUAACGAAUAGCUGCAUAAUGCUAUAUAGUAGGUUCAAGUUGUACCGUUUCUCAUAAUAAACUGUAAUCCUUCCUUUUAAAUUUCGGAUUAAUGUUUGGCAGCACUCUUCCUUUUCACCAGUCAGGUGCUGUUGGUGGCUGAGAUGUGAUCAGAAUUUAGAAAAACUAAGGCAUCUGAUGUGAUGAAAGGGAAAGUGAUGUGCUGCAGUGUACGUGCUGGCCUUCCACCUCUGGACACCAAACCCCGAUUGUAUUGGUAAUCAGUGACAGUCUUGGCCUAAUAAAUCACAUUAUUAUCCACACCCACCCACCCUCACCCAAAACCAAACAACCAAACUAAAAAGAAGCCACCAAACAACAUGGCACAAAACAGUUUCUGCUCAGGAAAAAGGCCCAGGACUGUAAUAGCAGGGUUAUUGCACAUUGGGUUGAAAACUGAUUGAUGUUGUAAGUAGAAGCCGGUAGUGCCUGCCUGUGUGACAUCCGACUCUUAACCAGUGCUCUUAUUUCCUCACCGUGAGCACUUGUGCACAGCAGCUGAAAUAUAUAUAUAUAUCUAUAUAUAUUUAAAAAAAACACUUAAGAGUGAUGCAGGUCUAUGCAUUGGAUAAUAUGGGUAUAUAAGCAAACAGCAUAAAAAUAGACAAGGUAGCUAACUGUACUUGUGUUUGUUUUCACAGAAAGUAUUGCAGCCAUUUCAUUUGAAACCAGAUUUUCAUUUUGAAAUGAAAUUGUCAGGGAUAUUCUAAUGAUAGAGAAUUACAGUAAUGUAUUGCUUUUCACUUUUUUGCUUUAGUUGCUUAAUAUUUAAGCUUUGCUCCGUGCUACCUUCUUGUCUGUAUAUUGAAUGGUCACUAUGCCUCUUUCAUUUUGUAGACUUGAAUGAGGAAAAUGAUUCAUCCUUUAAGGUUUGCUGAGAAGUAAAUGAUAAAGAAUGUUGUGUAACAUUUAUUCAAAUAAAGCCUUGAUUUUUUUCAGUGCUCUUUUAAA